AUGGCGAUGCCGCGCGUAGUGCAAGUCGGCGAUCUCAAUGGCGAUGGUUGGCCGGAUAUUGUGGUGGGUGCCUAUGGUGAUGGCAGCAUUCAUUGGUUCCCGAACUUGGGCAAUGGGUCAUUUGCCCCCGCAAAGCGGCUAGUGUGGAGCACGGGCGCUAUCACCACGCUGCAGCUCGUGGAUUUGAACAACGACGGUGCACUGGAUAUUCUCUAUGGCAAUUGGUAUCUCGGUGAGGUAAUCUGGCUUGAGAAUCAGGGUCCCCAGGCAGACGGUGAGCUCCUCAUGGGAUCGAUCCUCAUCUCCGACCAAGCCGACCAGGUCAUGUCUGUCCAUUUUGGGGACCUCGACAACGAUGGGCUUCUGGAUGUGCUCAGCGCCAGCGAGGCGGACCACAAGGUGGCUUGGUACCGCAAUCUCGAUUCCAACAACUUUGGAGCCCAAAUAGUCCUGUCCGACCAGGCAUGGGGCGCCACCAGCGUGCUAGCGGCAGAUCUGGACAGGGAUGGGGAUCUGGACGUGGUGAGCGCACAUGCCCAAAGCAACACCAUUGUGUGGCAUAUCAACGAUGGUGGUGCGAUCUUUGCCCCGCCCUUGACCGUCACAACCAUCGCCAAAGACGUGUGUGCACUUGCGGCGGGCUACGUCUCCAGCGAUAGCAGCCCCGAGGUCAUAUCCCUCAGCCCCACCGACGGUGCCGUGUCCAUCUACCGCGCCUUUCUCUGGGGUUUCAUCGACAGCUUGACUUUCCCCCUCGAGGUCGACCUCAAACUCAAAGCUCUCUCUCUCUCUCUCGCUCUCAAACUCUCUCAAACUCUCUCUCUCAAACUCUCUCUCUCAAACUCUCUACCAAUUCAUUUUCUCUCUCUCACUCUGGUUUUCAUUCCCAAGCUCAAAGGCAUGGAAUCGGGGGCGGAGGAGAGGGGGCAGGGGCGCGGCCGGUUGGGAUGGUGGGGAGGUCGUGGGGUGGGACUGCGGGUUUGGAUGGGUUUUGUGCUUGUUUGCUGCGCAAACCAUGGCUUGGAGGCAUCGGACUUGGAAGAUGUGGUGAGCCUGGCGGCCAGCGAAACGGGCCUGCACGUGAACAGUACCGGUGCCAUGUACUUGACCCCGGCGUUGGGCUACAGCGUGCUGGUCAACGAUCGUGCCGUGGGCCCGGCUCUGAACGAGUGGCGCCGCAUCCUUAGCUUCAAACCUGGAUUGCUCUGGGAUCUGCCCGAGCGACGCGUCAUCGCCAGUCUUUCGGGUGCAACAAGCAUCGAGGUUGCUGAUCUGGAUCAAGAUGGCCAUCUCGACGUGGUCAUCUCCAGCCAGGGCGACAAUAUGAUGGGUCUGGCGUGGUGCCGCAAUCAAGGGGGUGGCUUGUUUUCGGCACCUCUCAGGCUGGGCAAUUUCGCGCGAGUUUCUGCGCUGACGACGGCCGACCUCAACCUGGAUGGCUGGGUGGACGUGGUGGUAUCCACAAGCAACCCGGGCACCAUUCAUUGGCUCCUCAACCGCGGCAACGGCACGUUUGCCCCGACCCAGAGUCUGUCAGCCGAUAGCAUGGGCCCCGUUUCUCUUGCCGCGGCUGACCUGAACGGAGAUGGCCGACCCGAAGUUAUCUCCUGUAGUCCUACGGAUAAUCGAGUGCGAUGGCAUUACAAUCUCGUCGGGGGUGGCUUCGACAGUGCCGCCGUAAUCACCGACUCUGCCGCAAGCGUUCGUGCAGUUCGAGCCGGUGAUUUGAAUGGCGAUGGGCGCAUUGAUGUUGUCUAUGCCAAUUCGGGCGACGGCACCAUCAGCUGGGCACUCAAUUCUCUCGCGAGUGCCCCUGGCUCCUCUGUCCGGUUUGACGGCCCUUUCGUGGUCAGCAAGUGGCAUGACGGCCUUUCCGACAUCGACCUGAUGGACGUCAAUCGGGACAAUAAACUGGACGUGCUGAGUGCCUCCGCCAAUGACAACGAGGUGUCAUGGCAUGCAAAUCUUGGCCCGGGGACCUUUGUGCCGGAAAGCUUAGUGACCACGAGUAGCGCCCUCGGUGUCAGCGCUGUAUUGGGCGUGGACAUGGACGGGGACGGGCUUCCGGACAUGGUCAGUGCCAAUCGCCUACAAGACACAGUGGCCUGGUAUCGCAACACCAUAGACGGCUACUAUUCCGAGCCAAUCAUCGUGACAGCCGCCGCCCGAGGCGUCACCGGCAUUCGUGCAGCGGAUCUGGACGGGGACGGGGACAUGGACUUGCUCAGCGCGAGCCCUCGAGAUGGGAUUGUGGCCUGGUAUCCCAACACGCAGUGGUCUCGUCCGUGAUUAUUCGUCGUGUGGUCAUCAGCAACCUCUACCAACACAAACGAUCUUAUUUGUGUUGUCUUGUAAUUAUUACAUGGCAUGCACCCGCCGUGACUUUGCGCGGGCAAGCACCAUUGCGGAGCCAGCGCUGCUGCUCUGGGUGUUAUCUGGGUGUUAUUUUGUUGCUGUUUGUUUUAUUUUAUUUUAUUUUUCUGGUCGUGUUUUCUCUGUUUCCCUAUCGAAUUCUUGUUCAUCUUCCCCCUUCUGUCAUGGUAUGCCAACAUGUACAAGAUGCAAUUGCUAUGAGCUGCGCUUG